CACCAACACGAGCGCGUCUUCCUUUCCAUCCAUAAUAGCGAUAUUCUCCAAAUAUCUUUUGAUUUCCGAAUUGAUUGCGGUCACAUCUAUAUUGAAUCCACUAGGUGAUGGGUGUUGUACUACCGAGUUUACCUGAUCCCGGCCUUUGGAGCUCUGGCCUCGCCCCCGCAGAGAUAAGGACGCGGGAGACAGCUUCAUAUGUCCUCUCAACUCAUCAAUUGGUACUGAGGUAUUACGUUACCGGCGAUAGAGGCCGACAAAGAUAAAAUAAAGCGCAAAUCCUAAUCUGACCGCCAACAUGUCGGCGUCAGCUCCACCUCGAAUGGCGAAACAGUCCCCGCCGGAUACACCCCCUCGACGACCAGAGCCUACAGCUCUGCAAACAACCCAGCCCGAUGGCGGUGCAUCGGCUGUAUCUCUGGAACCGGAGGCUUCUUCGCAAACCUUCCCAAAGAAGAAGAGAAAUCACAGGGGCGGGAGGAAGAAACGCGCAAGAAAGCCGUCUUUCGCUGCGUCCACUGAGGAUGGAUCGGGCAUGCCGGAAACACCACAGACCCGGCCGGGGGGGCAUUCUCAGAGCGCUGCAAGGGCGAGCUUUUACGGGCUUCAAGGACGCAAUUUGAGCAACACUAGUCUCGAGAGCGAGUCACUUCUGGAUCACAGAGAGCAGCAAAGCAUGAGGCCUCGAAGGUCUUCAACAAUGGGUGGUGUCUUUGACCAGCAUCAAUACAAAUCCCCUUCUUCUUACAGACCUCAAUAUCAGACUCCUUUCAAAUCCGCCGAUACUGUCGGUCGCCGACCAAGGACUGGCAAGGAGGAAAGCGAUGGGGAAGACGAAGUGAUAGAUGAGAGAGCACCACUGAUCUCAUCUUCGUCCAGAUCGAAAAGUCCUGCGGCUACUUUUACGGGGCAUCGUACAUACAGUGGAGAGCCGUCGAAAUUGUCCCGGCACAGCUCAACUAAUAAUAGACGGGCAUCCAGCAAGUCGUCAUCCGAUAGCAGAAAGAAAACGAUAUUCGAUGCGCAGACUCCAAUUUAUCAACAGCAUAGUGAAGAAUACAAUGUCAAUUGUCCACCAUCGGUACCUGGCAGCCCCGUGCUCGGCUCAUCGAAGCGCGAUAUUAAUUUUGGAGAUAUGUUGACACGAGACCACCUUGAAUCUCCAUUGGGGUCGCCUCGGCGCGCACGCGACCACAUAAGUGAACAGGCAAUUGAUUCUUCGCGACCAGGAUCACCUAAGAGGGAACCUGGAUACGAUGGGCGGAGGCAUACAAUUGCUGUAUCGGCCGAAGAGGAUGUCUGCUUUCCAGUUGAAGGGAUGUCGGAGCUGGCAGAUGACGAGGCAGCUCAACGGGAAGGCAUUGCUUACAAAAGAGAGAACGGAAUAAGACGAAGGAGGGGCAAGUGGCCAGAUCUAUCUAUAUUGGAUGAAUGGAGUAGAUUUGAAAAAGAGGGGAGAAGUGAGGAACGUCGGGUCAAGAGAAUCACUGAGCCUAAGUUGAUUGGAGGACGAUUGAGACCAAUUCACAAAGGCUGGCAUCGCGCCGAGGACGAUUCCCCAUACAGAUUUACAUAUUUCAACGAGGAAUUUCCGAGUACGAUCCAUAGCCAGACGAUAUCGGAACUAGUUCAACCGGGGGGCAGUUUUAGGGAGCUUUUUAUACCGGAUCCUCCGUUAUUGAGUGAUUCUGAGUCGAGCGACGAAGAGGAAGGAUAUCCUCUUUCUCGAGAUGAUUCCCAUAUCCUCCACAACCGCGGAACGAAUGGCGAGUCAACCGUAACCCGCCAGACCACAUUGGUUGAUGAUCCAAGGCGGGACUCGAGACGUCUUGGGCAAGUACUAAGCAAUGAUUCCAAACAGUCAACAUCGUCCAAACGUUCAACAUCGGUAGCAGGCGGCGAGAGGAAAAGUUCCCGGGGCGUAGCAAGUAUGGAUAUUCCAAAUGGCGGUGUGAAGUCUCCGGAGCCCGAGAAGUUGCCCCCCGAGAAGCUGCCCAGCCCUGAACCCAACAUCAAUAUAUCAAAGGAAAAGUCCAAAUCCUAUGGCGAACGCCCAACAUGGUGGCUGGAUGUCCUUUCUCCUACGGAUGAUGAAAUGAAGGUCCUCUCCAAAACAUUUGGCAUCCAUCCCUUGACCGCUGAGGAUAUCAUGAUGCAGGAGGCACGCGAGAAAGUCGAGUUAUUCCGGAAUUACUACUUCGUCAACUACCGGUCUUUCGAACAAGACAUAAACAAUGAAAAUUUCUUGGAACCUGUCAACGUGUAUGUUGUUGUUUUCCGAGAGGGGGUCAUCAGCUUUCAUUUCGCAAUGACACCGCAUCCUGCCAACGUUCGAAGGAGAAUUCGACAGUUGAAAGAUUAUCUGAUCUUGAGCUCGGAUUGGAUAUCAUAUGCCAUUGUUGAUGAUAUUACCGAUGCCUUUGCCCCUUUGAUCCAUACUAUCGAGGACGAGGUUGAUGAUAUUGACGAUGCGAUUCUGAGACUCCAUUCCCCAGCAGCUCCCGAAUACGGGAAGAUGCGCAAUGAAGACGAGAAGAGAUCAGAAGCCGGAGAUGGAACUUCAGGUGAAAGUGGCGGUGAUAUGCUUCGACGGGUCGGCGAUUGUAGGAAGAAAGUGAUGGGUCUGUAUAGACUAUUGGGCAACAAGGCCGAUGUAAUCAAGGGUUUCGCAAAGCGCUGCAAUGAGCACUGGGAAGUCGCCCCACGCUCCGAGAUUGGGCUUUACCUGGGAGAUAUCCAAGAUCACAUUGUGACAAUGACUGGAAACUUAUCUCACUAUGAAAAGAUACUAGCACGCUCCCACGCCAAUUACCUUGCACAAAUCAAUAUCCGCAUGAAUGAGCGGCAAGAGCAAACGGCCGAUGUACUGGGCAAACUCACCGUCCUCGGUACCAUAGUACUGCCUAUGAACAUCAUCACCGGGCUCUGGGGAAUGAACGUUUGGGUCCCAGGUCAGGAGUAUGAGGGCGAUUUGACGUGGUUCUGCUGCAUUACUGGCGGAUUGUUAGUGUUUGGAUUUGCAUGCUUUUUCAUUGCUAGGGCGCUGUAUAGGAUCGUGUAACGUGAGGCGAAGCCGAAGAAGUGUUCUGGAGCCGCUGCAGGAGGCGUUGAACGUUGUGCGGUAGAAGAAUAUCUCGAUGUGGCGCUGUGUUGUUGUUGGAAACUGGAAACAAGGAAUACGAACUUGCAUGCUGUUUAUUUGGUUAUACGAAAAGACCAUGGGAGAUUGUACGUAGAGAGCGGCAUAGAGACUGGUUAUACGCAUGGCAUAUAGGUAAGUACGCACAGGAUACGGAGUUGGAUAGGUAUGCUCCUCUACGGUCAUUGCAUAAUAGUAGACAUAAUAUAUACGGGCAUUCAUCAUAGGACGGAAGUCCAGGGUUUCGGGAUUGUAGUUUGAGAAAUGCCC